GUUCACGGCGUUUCUGGUCAGAACUAUGCUCGUCCGGAAUCAACAAGUGCUCCUCGAGACUACGACGGGAAAACACUUGACCUAACCAAACUUCUAGUGAACAGCUCUUUUUCUUAUUCGCGAGGAUUCGAAGGGGGCGCGCAUAGGUGGCGAGAGACGCAAGAUCAACGUGAGUCGAUUAUCUCGAAACGGCGUAACUUGAAUAUCCACACGUGAGAUCGAUCCGAUCGAACGUAGUAAACGUAUAUAACUGUGCCGAAUAUUCGAUAAAACGGCAUUUAUCGCUGAUGGGAUUGUGUCGCGUCCCAGUGAUCGACGAUUUGAUGAAUCAUUGGUUUUUCUGCUCCAAGUUUAUACGCUUGUGACGCGCGUGUUUCGUUUCGACAGCAUUAACGGAGAUCGUGUGUGUACAUGUAUCGCAGUUCCGACUACUACGUGACUUCAUUUCAUCGCGUGUUAUUUACGCUGAGAAAUAAAUCGUGGAAUUUAUAUUGAUCCAGGACAACAAUCGAGUAUGAAGUACAAGAUGAAGGGGACGUUAAUAAUUUUUGUAAGCGUUCUCUGCGCGAGGACGUUUGGUCUUCCCGGAGGAGCACCGCCCGGCUCCUGCGGUGACCUCACGCCCCAUCACCCUGGGACCUCGAAACAGGACGCUCAUCCGGCUCCUUAUCAAGUUCUACCCGCUGCAGGACAAGGCAGAGUCCGUCUGAUUUUAGGGAGUCCUGAGGGCCUCGCCUAUGAGGGUUUCAUGAUAGUCGCACGUGACGCGGAUACCGGUGAAUUUGUCGGCGAGUUCGCGAACUUGCCCGAUUCUGCGAGAACCAUCGAAUGCGCGCAAGGUAUAAAGAACGCGGUGACUCAUACGAAUACCAGCAAGAAACAUAAUCUUGAGUUCGACUGGGAGGCACCUGUGGAUUAUGAAGGCACCAUUGUUUUCAAUUCCACGUUCGCACAGGAUUACAGCACGUACUGGGUCGGCGUUGAAUCGCCACGAGUUAACGUUCGCAAGCGAUCCAUCGACGUGUUGACCUCGUCCACGCCGAUCACCACGCUCAGAACAACCACGCCGCCCUAUUACAGCCCGACCGUCGAUUACGAGACAAAAGACUCCGAGAAUCCUUUGUACGCUGGAUGUGGCACAACGAAGAAUUGUUUUGGCACACCAGCGAAAUGUACAGAGACGAAGAACUGUAUGGCGGUGGUCACGGUCCUCGUUCGUGGCGAACGAUAUCUCUUCGAGCUGCAAGCACGUGACAGCAAAUACGUUGCUGUUGGUUUAUCGGAGGACAGCAAAAUGGGCGAAGACAGCGUAGUCGAAUGUACAAACGAAGGCGGCGAAGUUGGAUUGCACAUGUCUUGGAACUCCGGGAAGCAAAAUAUACGGCAGCCCAUGCAAGAAGGUGCCGUUCAACAGGAGUCGGGUUCAGUCGUGGAUGACGUGAUCUCCUGCAAAUUCUGGCGGGAGAAGACGACGGUCGUGGAGGGUCGCGAAUUCGAUCUCGUCAAUAAACCCUACAAUCUUCUUGUAGCUGCUGGAAAAAGCUUAAAGAGUAACGGCGUAGGAUUUCACGACACAGCAUACGACGCGACCGGUGCAGCAAAAUUAUUAUCCGACGUCGGAGGUUUCACAACAGCCAGCAACAUUUUAAUUCGAGUGCACGGUGCUUUGAUGCUGGCAUCUUGGAUCGGUACGGCGUCGAUCGGUAUCCUGCUCGCCAGAUAUUACAGGCAAACAUGGGUCGGUUCGCAAUUAUGUGGAAAGGACCAAUGGUUCGCUUGGCACAGAUUCUUCAUGAUACUAACAUGGUCCAUGACGAUCGCGGCGUUCGUGAUAAUAUUCGUGGAAUUGGGCGCAUGGAGUUCCGAGGUGAUACACGCGUCCCUCGGAUUAGCGACAACGAUACUGGCAUUUGUUCAACCGUUUAUGGCAGCGAUGAGACCUCAUCCCGGAGCACCACGAAGACCCCUUUUCAAUUGGGCGCACUGGUUCGUUGGAAAUGCAGCGCAGAUUUGCGGCAUAAUCGCAAUUUUCUUCGCGGUCCGGUUGAAUAAGGCCAAACUCCCGGAAUGGGUCGACUGGAUUCUGGUCGCCUACGUGGUAUUCCAUAUUCUGACUCACCUUAUACUCACGUUCGUCGGUUGUGCCUCUGACAGGCAAGCCAGUCAGAGGGUGAAUUCGUUCCCGAUGAAAGACAUGCAUUCACGUGGCUCGAUGGUGCAUCCCGAUUCAAGACAGGACGCUCCGCAUUCCGGGAUCAGGAAAUCCAUCUUCGGAAUAUACUUCGUGGUGAUCGCCCUGUUCACCGCGGCUCUCAUCGUCAUCACCGUGCUGGCACCCAUAGAGGACACGUGGGUCACCUUCACGAACACCAUCAAGAACUACUAACAUAGGAAGCGUAUGGGAUUUUUCGCCCGAUUGAUCGUUCAACGUUAUUAUCGUCGCGAUAAAGUUUCGGGCUGUAUCGCAAGCACCGUAUAUUCUCGAGUGACUGUUUAUAUGUAAAUGAGUCUUCAAUCGACGCGAGUCGACGGUUUACACGGAACCAUCGUUAAAGCGAAUUGUACGACAAUAUCGUUCGACACGUCGAACUUUGAACAACCGCUAAGAACAGCAAUCGACGAACGGUGUUAUCGUAUAAUAAGCUGGAAAAUUGGUUUGAUCAUUCUUUUCGAACCGGUUGCUCUUUAGAUUGGUUCAUAAAUUCUGGAGAAUAAUUUUUGUUAUCGGAGUUGACAGGAUUUUAAUUAUUAUGGAGUUUAUAUGGCAUCGGUAUUCGAAAGGGCCAUAUAAGCGGAGGCAUGAGGAAGCUUGAAAAAAUGUUUUAUAAUUUAAAAAUCUGAAACAUGAAUUCUUAAAGUAGCUAAAUUUGAAAAGUGAAGUUCUUAGAGCUUGGAAUUUUUUAAUUUUUCAAUUUGAGAAUCGAACAGUACGAACUUACGGACCAACCUAACCAUUUUUAAAUAUCUUAGACUGACUUUCAAUUGAAUAGAAGAUUUACAAAUGUACAAACGUCCGUCCACAUUACGACUUAAACGAGAUCCACAGAUUUCUAAAGAAGGCAUUAAUAUUCGUGUUCGAUGCGAUAUCGUUCGCAGUGCUUAUUAGAAUCCUUCAAGGUGCUCUUAUAUUUAAAUCCACUUACCCAUUUUUUACUUUCUGCAGUAGUACAUACGCUGGAUUUUUAUAUUUAUAUAACAUUUACAGUAUUAGCUUUUGUAACGUGUUUUUCAUUUCUACAAGUCGUGUAAGGUUUACUCUGUACUGCGAAUAAAUGUUUCAUCCACACAUGAAUGCGAAUGGGAGUUCGUGUAAAGUAUUACAGAAUUGCGCUUUAAUUAACCGGUACAAUAAUGUAUUUUUCUCAAUAUGUUAUUCAUUGUUAACGAAUGAAACAGAACCGCACAGAAGAGAUAAUAUAAUAAGACUUUUAUUUAAAUUUUUUCAUAAAUACGUGUAUGUAUUUGCAUAUAUACAGAUAUUAAUGUGACAGUGUUUUUAAA